GCCAAUGAAUAUUCUAGAACCUAACCUAAAAGGCUUAAAAGCACUGUGACAUUUUACUUAAAUUUCAUUCCAUAUUAAAUUAUUUAAUAAUUCCGGUGUGUUUAAAAGAUUAAAAAUGAAUAAAUCAUUAAAAGAAACGCUCACCGAGUUAAAACUUGAUCAAGCCGAGUUAGAAAAGCUAUCUAAACUUUCCGAACGUAGGAAAAUCAAAGAUUUGCUCACGUUGGAAGCUGCGAAAAUCGCUACGCAAUUGCAAAAACUCGAAGAGGAAGCUACUCAAAUUGAAGCUGGUGGGGAAAAUGUUUCUAAACCCGUUUCGGUUGUUGUUCCCCAAAGAAAAAGUUAUGAAGUGAAAUUGAAUGAAUAUGCUUGGGGGCAAUCGAAAACCAACGUCACGUUUUAUGUUAAUCUUCCAAAAGUUGAAACAAUUCCCAAAGAAAACGUUACCUGUACAUUCCAACCUCAAUCUUUGGAACUGAGAAUCCGUGGAUUAGAGAAUAAAGAUUAUUUAUUUGUUAUUAAUAAGUUGUUGCAUGCAAUAGAUCCAGAAAAAAGUUCGAUUGUUAUUAAAACAGAUUCUAUUAAGAUAUUAGCUGCUAAGGUUGAUCAAACCCAGACUUGGUCACAUGUCACUUUGUUAGAACAAAGAGCAAGUGAGGCUAAAAAGUUUAAAACUCCUGGAGAUGGAGAUUCUUCAGGAGAUGGUACUCAAGGCUUAGUGGAUAUUAUGAGAGACAUGUACAACCAAGGUGAUGAUGAAAUGAAACGAACUAUUGCAAAAGCUUGGGCAGAAAGCCAAUCAAAAGGUCCUGCUUUUUAGAUGUAUUAUUAGAGUAUAAUAAUUAAAAUAAUAGUUUCUGUCCUUAUUUUUUCAACUAAAUGGAGUAAUAAAAUAAAAGAAAUCUUUUAUUGUGA